UCCCUUCCCCGCGGAACUCCACGCACACGGACACAAUGGCGACGACGACAACGACGGCGGGCACGGCCGCCUGCAGCAGCAGCAGCAGCAGCAGCAACGCGGGCACCGACGCCGCGGGCACCAGCGGGGUGCAGCCUCCACCUCCUCCUCCGCAGCCCCAAUCCGCGGUCGCCGCAACGCCCCGGCCGCCGCCGGAGCCGGUCCGGAAACCGCGCAUGGACCCGCGGCGGCGCCAGGCUGCCCUGUCCUUCCUCACCAACAUCUCUCUGGACGGACGGCCGCCGCUGCACGAGGACGACUGGAGCGGCGGCGGCGGCGGAGACGAGGGCGGCGCGGGCAAGCCAGCGGGCGCGAGGGCACGGCUCAGCCUACUGGCCGGCGCGCCGGGCACCGCGAGCUGCCCGUGGCUCCCCGGAUCCGGUCCGUGGUCGGCCGCGCAACCCUCGCCGCUGCCACCUCCGAUCUCCGGUCACCGUGCGUCCGGGGAACUGUGGCAUCCGUCUCGGUCGGUGUCCCUCUCCGCUGCCUGUGCCCAACUGCAGCUGCUGCCCGACGGGUCGGGGGGCGCCGGGCCGGAGGAACUGGAAGAAGACGAUGCUUUCACCAGCGUGCAAGUGCCGGCGGCUGCUUUUUUGGGAUCAGGGACCCCCGGGAGUGCGUGCGGCAGUCGGGGACGACUCAACUCGUUCACUCAGGGCAUCCUGCCGGUGGCCUUCUCCAGACAGUCCUCGCAGAACUACUGUCCCCUGGAGCAAUCGGGCCAGGGCGGCUGCACCAGCGCCUUGGAACAGCUGCAGAGGUCCAGACGCCGCCUCAUUUCCCAGAGAUCGUCCUUAGAGACCCUGGAAGAUAUUGAGGAGAACGCCCCUCUCCGGAGAUGUCGGACUCUCUCAGGUUCGCCCAGACCAAAGAAUUUUAAGAAGAUUCAUUUUAUCAAGAACAUGCGGCAACAUGAUACCCGGAACGGCAGAAUAGUCCUUAUCAGUGGCAGAAGAUCCUUCUGUAGUGUAUUUUCCGUGCUGCCGUAUCGAGACACUACCCAGGCCGGGGAUGUGAAGUUGGAUGGAGGGAGGCAGUCAGCAGGCGCCAUGAGCUUGAAGGAGGUGAUUGGGCUGGAAGGCGUGGAGCUGGGCGCUGAUGGGAAGACAGUUUCUUACACCCAAUUUCUGCUACCCACAAAUGCCUUUGGAGCCCGGAGAAAUACCAUAGAAUCCACCUCUUCCUUCUCCCAGUUCCGUAACCUGAGCCACCGCAGCCUCUCCAUAGGCCGGACCGGUAGCACCCAAGGGAGCCUGGACGCAGGGAAUGACCUGGGAGACUUUAUGGAUUAUGACCCAAAUCUCUUGGAUGACCCCCAGUGGCCUUGUGGCAAGCACAAGCGAGUUCUGAUCUUUCCUUCGUACAUGACCACAGUGAUUGACUACGUGAAGCCCUCGGAUCUCAAGAAGGACAUGAAUGAGACCUUCAAGGAGAAGUUUCCUCACAUCAAGUUGACGCUCAGCAAAAUAAGGAGUCUGAAACGAGAGAUGCGGAAACUUGCCCAGGAGGACUGCGGCUUUGAGGAGCCCACGGUGGCCAUGGCCUUUGUCUACUUCGAGAAGCUCGCCCUCAAGGGAAAGCUGAACAAGCAGAACCGGAAGCUUUGUGCUGGGGCGUGCGUACUGCUGGCUGCCAAGAUCGGAAGUGACCUCAAAAAGCACGAAGUCAAGCAUUUGAUUGAUAAACUGGAAGAGAAGUUCCGGCUGAACAGGCGAGAGCUGAUAGCCUUUGAGUUCCCCGUGUUGGUGGCCUUGGAAUUCGCACUGCACCUGCCGGAGCACGAAGUCAUGCCUCACUACAGACGCCUCAUGCAGAGCUCCUAGCACAGGCCCCAGGAGGGCCGGGGACCAACUUCCUCUGAGCGCGACGGGGCCACCGCUUACUACGGAAGUGCAAAAAUCGAGCCAAGGCUGCUGCCUCCCCCCGGGAUGUCACGGGGAAGCGGUGCGGGACUGUUUGCUGAGGAGCCGACCCUGCAAACGGAAGGAGUUGUGGGGGGGGGGGGGCCCUCUCACCUGCCCUCUGGGUCUUCCUGGCACAGGCGACCUUGCCUUCGUGUCCCCGGGGACCUCGGCUUCAGCCUUGCUGUGACUUGGAAUGCGCCCUGCAGCCGAUGAGAGGAGAGAAUUGUGCAGGAUUGGGGGAAGCUGUUCAGAGAUCCCACUCCCUAUGUCAAAAGAGCGUGCCAAUCUAUUUUUGUAUCUGCCGUCGGAAGUGCACUUUUCCCCCUGGGGCUGGAGGGUGUGCAAGUGGCUGACCCCGCCCCCCCCCCCCCAGCUGCAUUAACAUUUGACCGUCCACCCUCUAUGGAGUUGACCUUAGUGAUGAUUGUCAGAAAUACUGUUUAUGGGAUCACACAGACAAAACAGGAAAAAAAAAAAAAAGACGGUUCUCAGCAUGGGCUGAGCCCGCGUGAUGACGUGGCGGCUGGGCUCCAGAGUGUGUAUUCGUGUGCUCUAUGUUAGAGUGCGUAAUGAGCACAUUUAUUGUGCUAAGUAUGUGUGUGUGUGUGUGCACGUGUGUGUGUGUGUGUGUUAUAAAAGUCCAUUCUGGGGGUGAGACGCAUCACUGGUGUCUUGUGGCUUUGCAGCUGAAACAACCUGCAGUCGAUUGCAGAAGCGGUGGCUCUUACUGCCACAUACCCAGAUUCCUCAGCACAGAAUUGGGACUUGUCCUGAUACACUCCGGGGCCAUCUGUACCAACGGCUGCCACCAUGCCGUCACCUUGCAUCCGCACAGGUGUGACCUUACUGAAGAAAGCUUGUGGCCAUGUAAAAAGAGAAUUAAAAUAUUUUGUUGUUUUAUAUAUA